GUUUUCCAUAAUUGUCAUACCAAAGCUGAGCCGCUGCAACAUGCAAUAAUAAUAAUAAUAAUAGUUUUAUUAAUUAGUGAAAUUAUGUAUUUGAAUGCUGUGAUUGUGUUGUUUUUCUAUUCGAAUUUUUAUUCCAUGGCGAGCGGAAAAACGGUGACCGGAGUGUUCCGAAGUGAUGCGGCAAGAGAACACAACGGACAGUACAUAACAAAAUUUCUGUUUCAUGGCGACAAUGCCCUUAUGGUCUACAGGCUGGAGGAUGUGAGCACAGCCGUGCAGAAAGAGGCCAGGCUGCUCCUCUUCCAGAACCUCGAGGGUCUGGACAGCCUGAGCUGCGCAGAAUACAUCUCCAGUGCCAAAAUCUCCAUUACACUCAGUGCAGAGGAGCAUAACCAGACCAUUCCAACGACGGCUGCCCCCCCACGGCUGUGGCACAUCGUAUACGCCGAUCGCGAUACCUGCCAGGAGGGUGACGGCAGUGGUGGGGGGGAUCUUCGCUUCCAGAUCGUGCUCCUCAACCCGGAUUCCGAGGGCAAUCCGCUGGACCACUUCAGCGCCGAGCAAGCAGGCCUGCUGGGUUUCUACCUGGCCGUGGUGCUGGCGUACUUGGCAGCGGCCUGCAUCUACGCCCGCCCACUGUGGCAGGCCUUGCUCCGCGGAGGUCCGAUGCUCGCCGUGCUCAAGGUUCUGUCCCUGGCUGUGAUGCUGCAGGCUGGCUCGGCGCUGUCCAAUUACGUUCACCUGUCGAGAUUUGCGGGGGAUGGCUUGGGGAUGCCGUGGAUGGGCAGCCUGGCUGAAAUCUGCGACGCUGCAUCCCAGGUGCAGAUGCUGUCCAUGCUGCUCAGUCUGUGCGCUGGCUGGACCCUGAGCAAGACCAGGAAGCCCCAGAAGCCUCUGCAGUGGGACGCCUCGCCCGCCUCCACUGCGCUCGCCCUGGGAGGGGGGGCUGUGCAGGGGGCGCUGUUGCUGUGGGAGCAGUUUGAGGAUACGGACCAUCACAGUUUCCACACACAUCGCAGUGUGGCUGGCGUGCUCCUGCUGGCCCUGCGUGUCGGCCUGGCUCUGCUGCUCGCCUCCAUCCUUUACCAGAUGAUCGCAGGCGAGCGCAGUACCAUCAGGAGGGACUUCUACCUGGGCUUUGCGAAGGGCUCUGUCCUGUGGUUCCUGUGUCACCCAGUCCUUGUGCUUCUCUCUGCAAUUUUCAACGAGCAUCAGAGAGAAAAGGUCGUGACCGUGGGCGUCAUCCUCUGCCAGUCCAUCUCGGUGGUCAUUCUCUACCAGCUGUUCCUGUGUCGCAAUUUUUACUGGGAGGUCUCGGCCCUGUCUUCCAUCUCGCUACCGCUCACCAUGUCCCGGGGGCUCCAGAGCUCUCAUUAACCAGGUGGGGAGGGUAGGGCUGGCAGUGCAGGUGGGUGGACACUUCAGCCAGGGGCAUCCAGGUUGGUCUUCGCUUAUGCUGGGGGGGGGGAGAGGGGGGUCUAUGGAAGCAUCGCUUGUGGGGAAAUACGGCAUCAGCAGGGAGCCGCACUGCACUGGGAUGGGGAGCAGACAGCCGUCGUCGGCUCCUUCAUCGCUGAGAACUUGGCAGCCUGACUGCUGGACUCUUAUCACUGCAGGACUGAAGCACUGGAGUUUGCGAGGGGGAAGCACCUGCGGGAAUGCAGGCGGAAGUGGGGAAUUUCACCCGAAACUGUAAAGAUAUUCUUCCGCUUUAUGGAAUUUGUUUAAUGUAGCUGCAUUACUCAAAUGUAAAAUGGAGAGUUUGUGUGGUGUGGAUGUCCGUCCACGGUGUAUGUGGAUAUUCAGCAGACAACACUGGUCGUUGCAAAUUUCAGGCCUGGGGAAGAAGAAGUUUGAGGAAAAGCAGGCGAGGCUGGAGAGCGGCUGGAUUUGUGUGUGUCUGUCUCUACACCGGCUGCCCGUGAAUGAUGCUUCCGAAAAUACAUCCGUGAUAAACAGGACCUUGACUGGGUAAAUCACAGAAAAGCGAUGAGCGUAUUAUAACUUAAUGAACCCGAUUAUUAGUUGGCAUAGUAAGGGAGGGAAAUGUUGCUCAGAGGACAAUAUGGGGGUGUUCUGUUACAGAAUAUCUUUCAUGUAAUAAUGCUGCCCAUGAAGAAUUAAUUAAAAGAGGUCAUGCUUACGCAGUCAUAAGAGGUAUUGUUCAGAUGAACGUUUGCCGGAAUAGGUGCCCGUUAGUAAUGGAUACAUGGAUACCUUAUUACCAUGGCAAAAGAAGUAUUGUAGUUAAACAAAAAAACCUGAGUCUACUACUUUACUGUGAAAUAUUUAUGAAAUUAAAACCAAAAUAUAAAACA